AUGGCCAAGAAAGGGUCUCCAUUUGAAGAAUAUGACAUGCUAGAGCAGAUUGGCAAUGGCUCCUUUGGAUCGGUCCAUAGGGCACAGCAUAAGAUUGAUAAUCGGAUUGUUGCUGUCAAAAUAAUGAAACGAAAAUUUAAUAGCAUAUCAGAAUGUGUUAGUUUGCGGGAGUUCAAGGUCUUGAAACAGCUCUCGGCACAUCCGAACAUAGUUCAACUAUAUGAUUCAUACCUCAGUCCCAACAAGGAGUUUUAUUUCGUCAUGGAAUACAUCAAUGGAGGUAACAUGUACCAGUUGAUUAAAUGCAGACGAGACGCUGAGACCGAGUUUGCGAGGUGGGAAAUACGAAGUAUAGUCUAUCAAAUACUUUCUGGUCUGGCGCAUGUACAUAAAUUAGGCAUCUUUCAUAGAGAUAUGAAACCAGAAAAUAUCUUGAUUGACAAUACCCCAAGCCAAGACGGACAGCACUCCAAAAAUAUCGUUACUGUUAAGAUUGCGGACUUUGGACUAGCUCGUGAAAUGAAGAGUCGGCCCCCAUAUACAGAAUAUGUGAGCACGAGAUGGUACAGAGCUCCAGAGGUCCUGUUGCGAUCUAAUGCUUACUCCUUUCCCGUCGAUCUCUGGGCUGUAGGGGCUAUGUUUGCCGAGCUAAUUACUUUGCGUCCACUGUUUCCUGGCCAAUCUGAGAUUGAUCAAGUGUUUAGAAUUUGUGAGUUACUGGGAAGUCCUAAUCCAAGCGAAUGGCGAGAGGGUGUAAAGCUGGCUGCCAAAAUUGGAUUUCAGUUCCCAAAGAUAUCUCCCAAGCCACUCAUCUCAGUACUCCCAAAUGCUACCCCUAGUAUGCUUGAUUUAUUGGAGCACUUGAUGUACUACGAUCCUAAACUUCGACUUUCUGCCGAAGCAGCCAUGUCACAUCCAUUUUUU